CUCGAACCAAGUUUCAGAGUAAGAACGAACACAUUCUUCAAGGUGGGAAAGGUGUUCAAAGUCUUAUGGCCAGAAGUCGCUGGUGACGUAUCCUCGUCGACAACUUCCGUGAACGGCCCCGUAUUUCUGCAUGAGCCGGUAUUUGUCAAAAUUCGUUGGUUUAUCGUAAUUCGAGAAGGAUACAAUUGCUGUACGCCACUUCAAACUUACCAUCGUCGGGGAGUGACCUCGAACAAGGCCCUCCAUCACCACUCUAUCGCUUUCACAGGAAUGCAUCCGCCGAAGCCAUUGUCAUACGAGAUGGCUAUGGGGCCGGGGUCCGGUAUGUUAGAGCCGAUCAAAGUUCAGCCACAAUCAAGCCAUGACAAAUUAGACCCGCUCACAAGGAUCAAUUUCAUGAAGAUACACACAGUUGAAUCCAACGUAAAGGUCAAG